UAUUGUGAAACAUGGGAGUCCAUAAUAUCAUGAGAAUAAAAAUAGGUCUCAUGAGCUUAUUCUUACUUGAAGUUAGUCUAGUCCUCGGAGAUAUAGGCACCGCAACAUCUUAUCAUCCACCUUAUACACCAACAAGAUGCAAUGGGAAUAGAGCAGAUCAGUUUCCUGCAGGGAAUUUGUUUGUGGCAGUAAGUGAAGGGCUUUGGGAUAACGGGGCGGCGUGUGGGCGGCGUUACAGACUGAGAUGCUUGAGUGGAAGUGGUCGUAGGCCGUGCAAGGGCGGCACCGUUGAUGUUAGGGUGGUGGAUUACUGCCACAAACGGCCAUGCCAAUCCACCAUUGCUCUCUCAGCUGAUGCUUUUUCCCAAAUCUCUCGUUCUUCUAAGGCUAAAAUUAACAUCGAAUACAUCCAGAUUUAGUACGGAGAAUUGCUGUGGCUCUUUUCCCAGCCUAUCAUUUUUGACAAGAUUUUGCAGUUAGUUUACAAGAAACUGAAGCACAGAAUAAGAGAGACUAGCUAAAAAUUGGUGGCAAGAAAAGUUAUAGAGGAAAUAACCUCUCGCAUAAAUGUAAAGUAAAAUUAGGUACAAUACAUCCAAUGUGAUCACUCUCUUUUUUGAAUUCUGCACACAGCACGAGUUUGAUGCAUCAAACUAUAUAUCACUUUUAAGUAGAGCUGGUGAAAAAAAUCAUAUGUACUUGUUGGCCACUACUGAAGUCAGGAGUGUUUAUUUUUCUUUUUGGUAUGACCUAUUCGGAAUCUACUAGAACUCCUUUCAUAGGGGUUCGAACUCAAGACCUUUUAUUAAGGGUUAAGGAUGGAGGGUAAUAGCGUACAUAAAUAUUUCAGAAACUGUCAUUUGAAGGAGUAAUAAUAACAAGCACAUAAAAUUUUAAUGAAAUUUGAAAGAAAUUGUAUUGACAAGUAAUCUAUAUGAAACAUCUUACAUGUUUAUUUGUGUCAAGUGUCCUGAAUAUGUAACUGCUUAAGAUAUAUCUUGCUACUUAUGUGAAAUCAUUGAUAGUACACAACAUAUUACCCCAAUAUUUUCAUUUUGUUUAUUAUCUAUACUAAUUUCUACUCAUGUGCCUUGUACAUAUAUCACAUAAU